AAAUAUGAUUAGUUAGUAGAUACGCCGUAUGUGAGUGACUAUGAAUAGAAGUAGUGAGGGGCAGCGGAAGUGGCGGGUGGUUAUCUCCGGCCACGGCCCAUAUAGUGGGCUGAGAAUGGGUGAAGUGGAGGAGACGAAGACGAGGUCAAAACUGAUUCCCUUUUGCGUUAGAUAGAUCACUCUUUGGUGGGUGAAGAAUGAAUAAGCAAGCACUGCAUUGCAUUAUUUCUUCCUAUAAACUCUCCCCACUUUCACUUUUACAUUUUCUUUUCCUUUGUUCUUGUGUUUCUUUUUACAUUCAUUCAUAAAUAAAUAAUUGUUCACUUCUUUUUAACCGGAUAUACAAGCUGAGAGAAAUGUCCGGAAUAUGGAGAUGGAACAAGCUGAGACACACGGCGGUAAUGGUGGCCUCUAGGCGGCGGCGGCCGGCUCCUGCUGCGGCCGCAUCAUUGUCCACCUGGGAUGACGAUUGGCGGAAGCGGACGAGAGGGUUGCUGAGCUGGCUUCACGCCGGGGGCAGGAGGAGGGAAUCGCUUCUCGGAUUUCAGGCGAGAUUCAAAGGCGGGUCUUCCGAUGAGCAGCUGGCUAGGCGUAUUAAGGUGGAGGUCAAUUGCCCUCGCUGUUCCAAGCACAUGGAUCUCAUCUUCACCAACCACAACCCCCACCUUAUUCCUGCCUCCAAUUUUGCUUCUGAUAGUUUUAAUGGCGAAAGCGCUGGCCGUCUAACUGCCUCUGUCUCUGUAGAUAAUGACUCCAUUAACGGUAACAAUAACACUAGUGAUAAGGCUGCUAAUCCAACGCCAGGUGGUGGUCCUUAUCACGCUGUCAAUAUCUGCCCCAAUUGUAAGACUGGAUACUACUUCCGGCCCUACAAGAUGGCACCUCUUCAGGGAAGCUUUUUUGAGAUUGGGAGGGUUAAAACCAAUUCCACCAUAAAAAAUCCCGACAAGAGAAUGGCCAAAGAGGAGGAGUACGCCAAGCGCCUCAAGACGGCCUUUUGGGAGACAUUGCAGAUAUACGGCAGUGAACCACCUGAGAAUUGGGCCCCACAUUCUUCACAACCUUCUAAAAAUGGUGUAGCGUUACAUAACCCCACUACUCCACCGUUUCUCCCUGGUGUCAGUAUAUUCCGGGAACCUGGUCCUGAUUGCAAUGAGGAGAAAAGUUCUUGGGGUGGAUCUAAUUUGGGGAAGAAUUUACCCACGCCGAAAGAGAUCUGCAAGGGACUUGACGAGUUUGUCAUUGGCCAAGAGCGUGCCAAGAAGGCAGAGCAUAGGAUUAGGCAUGGUCAAUUUGGAAAAAAGAAGGUAGUAGGCCGUGAAGGGGAAGCCUAGUGACUAGGUGGGUUUAGAUGUGAAGGGCAUGCUAUUCCUUUUCACUCUCAAGUGUCGACCUGAUUCUUUGCCUUUCAUCUAGCAGGUUCUUGCUGUCUCUGUUCAUAAUCACUACAAAAGGAUAUAUCAUGCCUCCCAGAAAAAGGGAUCAGAGGCAAAACCAGCUAAAGAAGAUAGUGAUGACAAUGUAGAACUAGAUAAAAGCAAUGUGCUUUUGAUGGGGCCAACUGGCUCAGGAAAGACAUUACUUGCCAAAACUCUAGCUCGUAUCGUUAAUGUGCCAUUUGUUAUUGCCGAUGCAACUUCUUUAACACAGGCUGGCUAUGUUGGGGAGGAUGUUGAGUCUAUACUGUAUAAACUGCUUGUGGUUUCUAAUUUCAAUGUACAAGCAGCACAGCAAGGGAUAGUAUACAUUGAUGAAGUAGAUAAGAUAACCAAGAAGGCUGAGAGCUCUAAUGUUAGCAGAGAUGUCUCUGGUGAAGGAGUUCAACAGGCACUACUUAAAAUGCUUGAAGGAACUAUUGUGAAUGUUCCCGAAAAAGGUGCAAGGAAGCAUCCUCGUGGCGAUCAUGUUCAGAUUGACACAAAAGACAUUCUUUUCAUCUGUGGUGGGGCAUUUGUUGACCUGGAGAAGACCAUUUCUGAGAGACGCCAGGAUUCUUCCAUUGGUUUUGGUGCGCCAGUACGUGCCAACAUGAGGACUCACGGAGUAACUAAUGCUGUUGUGACAUCAUCUUUACUUGAAUCUGUUGAGAGUAGUGAUCUGAUUGCAUAUGGCCUUAUCCCAGAGUUUAUUGGGCGCCUCCCUAUUUUAGUAACUUUGUCAGCACUUACUGAGAACCAACUUGUUCAGGUCCUAACAGAACCGAAAAAUGCUCUAAGUAGACAGUACAAGAAACUAUUUAGCAUGAACAAAGUGAAGCUGCAUUUUACAGAAGAGGCAUUGAGGUUAAUUUCAAAGAAAGCAUUUAACAAAAACACUGGUGCAAGAGGGUUAAGAGCCUUAUUAGAGAGCAUAUUAACUGAUGCUAUGUAUGAGAUUCCUGAAGUUAAAGCAGAUGAUGAGAAAGUAGAUGCUGUUGUGGUUGAUGAAAUGUCCGUUGGUUCCGAGAGUGCCCCUGGAUGUGGUGGUAAAUUACUCUUAGGGGUUGGUGCUUUGGAGCGUUACCUUUCUCAGAGACGGUCUACAGAUCAAAAUGGGAAUGCCAUUCGGACAGCAGGAUGGUGGUAAUUCAGAAGUUUCAUCAAGAGCGAUGAGCAUACAACAUCAGAAGCAUCUCACCUUUAUCAUUAUACCGUAGAAUUAUUGUUUGUAUAAAAUUUUUCAUUUCAUUUCACACCUAUUGUUGUAAUUUUUUCAUAUUGAUCCAAUUGUAACACGAAACAAUAUCUAGUCAUUCACUAUAAAGGUAACCGAGUAUAGCAAAUGAAGGCUCAUUUAUAGGACUUUUAUUUAAAUUCUAGUUUUGAUUUAACUUGUGUAACCAUUCUUUGGCAAUGAGUAAAACUGUAAAAGUAUUUGUCAUCGGAAAUAAAUUAGCAGCAAUCCUGUAUAGAACGUUUUU